AUGACCAGCCCCGACCAGAGCCUCCCACUAAUCCUAAUUUAUCCCUUUGACCAUACGGCCGGCACAUCGCCCACAAAUUACCACUCUGAUCUCUGGAUAUGUGAACGUCAAUGUGAAGUACCACUCCCUGGCCCCCUAGCCACCACGUACCCCCAUGGCCCCUCUCACGUAAGUACCCCAUGGCCCCUAGGAAUGUACCCAUGGCCCUCCUUACCUAAGUAUCCUUCCCAUGGUCCACCUAGGAAGUACCUUUCUACCUGUGCCCUCAGAAGUACCUCUCUUCUCUUCUCUCCUCCCGCAUGGCCCCCUAGAAGUACCUCUCAUGGCCCCCUAACAAGUACCGUCCUCCCGGUCCGCCAUGGCCCCUUACUACAGUACCCGCCCAUGGCCCUCCUUAGAAGUACCCCUGCCAUGGCCCGCUACUCAAGUACCCCAUGGUCCCUAUGGAAGUACCCAUGGCCCCCUAGAAGUACCCCAUGGCCCCCUACUAAGUACCCCAUGGCCCCCACUAAUAAGUACCCCAUGGCCCCUACCAAGUACCCCAUGGCCCCUACUAAGUACCCCAUGGCCCCUACUAGUACCCCAUGGCCCCUACCCCAUGGCCCCCUACUAAGUACCCCAUGGCCCCCUACUAAGUACCCCAUGGCCCCCUACUAA